UCUCGCUCAACUGCGCACACUCAGAGACAUACAUACAUACAUUUCAAGUAGCUCAUACAGUUCUCUUCUUCUCUCUCUCUCUCUCUCUCUCUCUUUUUCUUUUGCCGUAAAGAAUAAGCUUCUGGAGAAAAGGAAAAAAAGAAAGGAAUGUUGAUCUGAACCCACUUCCCACACUAACAAUUCGCAAAAACCCAAAUUAAAAUUUACGUUCUUUUUCCCAUUAGAGAGAGAGAAAGAGGAGAGAGAGAGUGAGUGAGUGAGCUGCCAGUUUUGAGAGAGAGAGAGUGAUAUGGGUGGGGUGACGUCGUCCAUGGCGGCCAAGUUCGCCUUUUUCCCACCGAACCCACCUUCCUACAAGCUCAUCACAGACGACCACACCGGCCUCCUGCUUCUCAGCCCCUUCCCUCACCGGGAAAACGUGGAGGUUCUGAAACUGCCGACCCGCCGUGGCACUGAGGUUGUGGCAAUCUACAUUCGCCACCCUUUGGCCACUUCCACUCUGCUCUACUCCCACGGCAACGCCGCCGAUCUGGGCCAGAUGUACGAGCUCUUCAUCGAAUUGAGCAUCCACCUGCGCGUCAAUCUCAUGGGGUACGACUAUUCGGGGUAUGGGCAAUCAACUGGAAAGGCAAGUGAGCAGAAUACAUAUGCAGAUAUUGAAGCUGCAUAUAAGUGUCUUGAAGAAUGCUAUGGUACUAAGCAGGAAGAUAUCAUUCUCUAUGGCCAAUCUGUUGGAAGUGGCCCCACGCUGGAUCUUGCUGCUCGGCUGCCUCAGUUAAGAGCUGUUGUCUUGCAUAGUCCCAUACUUUCUGGUUUAAGGGUCAUGUAUCCUGUAAAGCGUUCGUACUGGUUUGACAUUUAUAAGAAUAUCGAUAAAAUUCCACUGGUCCAUUGUCCCGUUCUCAUCAUUCAUGGGACUGCGGAUGAAGUAGUCGAUUGUUCUCAUGGCAAGCAACUCUGGGAACUGUGUAAAGAGAAAUAUGAACCACUAUGGCUUAAAGGAGGAAACCACUGUGAUUUAGAGCUCUAUCCUGAGUAUAUCAGACAUCUCAAGAAGUUCAUAUCAACCGUUGAGAAGUCUCCUUCCCAGAGAUACAGUUCUAGGAGAAGCACAGACCAGUUUGAGCAGCCUCGGAAGAGUACUGAUGUUUACGAAGUUUCAAGGAAGAGCACAGAUCGAAGGGAGAAACCGAGAAAGAGCACUGAUAGGCCUGAAAAACUGAAAAAUCAAUUCAUCAGUGCUGAUAAACUAGAAAAACUAAGAGUAUCUUUUGACCACAUGGAAAGGUCACGGAGAAGCGUGGACUGCCAUGAGAAGUCUAGAAAAAGUAUCGACCACCAAAUGGACAGAGCACGGAAGAGUGUGGAUCGAUUGGAUAGAAUACGAACUGGGUAAUUGUUGUUCUAAAACCAUAUGCAAAAUUCAUAGGGUUUGGUGUUGUCGGAAAAUUAUUUCGGUCUUUUUUCUUCCUUCUAAUUUAUGGUAUUCUUGCUGUGUAAUUUGGGUUUGUGGCAGUUGUGUAACUUCUAUUUCAUGAAAUGAGAAAAGGUUUGGUGUUAAA